AUGGAAAAUAUGAACAUAAAUAAAUUGGAAUAUGAUACAGAAGAGUUAUACGGUUUGAGUGACAUGGAGAAUAUAUUAACUGAUGAAAAUAAUGAUUCAACUUCAUCUAGCAGUAUUACACCUAAUGACUUUGCAAGUCAAUGUAAUGAACAAUUUACAAAAAAGUUUUCAACUACUACAUUACGAAGGCAUUUAGAAAGAAAGCAUGAUAUUAGGCCAGACAAACUUUAUAAAUUAAAAUUCCAAUUUGAACGAUCCCAUCCGCAUAACCAAAGAGAUCAAAAAGAUC